UACUUCCUACCUACACUAUAUACCUACUAUACAGAUUCUUGAAUAGUGACAAGCGAACACGCAACGAGUUAAAAAGAGAUAUAGAGAGAGAGAGAGAGAGAGAGAGAGAGAGAGAGAGAGAGAGAAAGCGAGCGCUAUACAGUGACGUGAUGCGAGACUACACUGUACGUUGAUAUACGAUUAGCGAUCCGAGCGCGAGUGUAUAGGUGCGGCUGCUGUGCUGCUACGAGGACAGACUGCGGCUGGAUCGUCCAUUUUCUUCACUGGCGUCAACGCCACGAGAUAAGCGGAUAUGACGUGAACUGUAUCCGCCUCGAAUAAUAUACACUGACGAGAGCUUUCGGGAUACACGUACCUGUCCCUACGGAUAGCGGUGAAUGCACCGGAACUCGUAAGUAACGAACGACAGAGAUAUACAGAAGCAGAAGGGAUCGUAAAAUAAAAGGAGUUAGAGGAUAAUUGGACGGCUCCGAAAGGCAGCCACACCCAAUUGCCAAAAUGGAUCAGCAGAUCACCCCCAAGGAGGUGAAAAUCCUCGAGAACCCAGAGGACAUCCAGGAGAGGAGAGAGCAGGUUCUGGGACGUUAUGCCAAUUUUAAGUCGGAGGCGCGCAGCAAGCGCGACAAACUCGAGGACUCUCGUCGUUUCCAGUACUUUAAACGAGAUGCAGAUGAACUCGAGGGUUGGAUUUAUGAGAAGUUGCAAGCUGCUUCCGAUGAAAGCUACAAAGAUCCGACCAACCUACAGGCAAAGAUUCAAAAGCACCAGGCUUUUGAAGCCGAAGUCGCUGCUCAUUCGAAUGCGAUUGUUCUAUUAGACAAUACUGGAUCGGAAAUGAUUGCUCAGCACCACUUUGCUAGUGACAUCAUUCGUAAAAGGCUUGAGGAAUUGCAUCGCUUAUGGGAAUUGCUUCUUAAUCGACUGGCUGACAAGGGAUUGAAGCUGCAGCAGGCUUUGGUUCUUGUACAAUUCAUUCGCCAUUGCGAUGAAGUCAUGUUUUGGAUACAUGACAAGGAAGUCUUCGUCACCACUGAUGAGUUUGGACAAGAUUUGGAGCACGUAGAAGUACUCCAAAGGAAAUUUGACGAAUUCCAGAAAGACAUGACCAGCCAAGAAUAUCGUGUAACUGAAGUUAACGAAUUAGCCGAUAAAUUACUUUUGGACGCUCAUCCUGAGCGCGAUACUAUUUUAAGACGCAAAGAAGAAUUGAAUGAAUCAUGGCAGCGAUUGAAACAACUCGCUAUUCUGCGUCAAGAAAAAUUGUUCGGUGCUCACGAAAUUCAGAGAUUCAAUCGUGAUGCCGACGAGACAAUGGCUUGGAUUGGAGAGAAAGACGCAGUACUGUCUUCCGAUGAUUUUGGUCGCGAUUUGGCUAGUGUACAGCUGCUCCAGCGUACUCACGAGAACAUUGAACGCGAUUUGGCUGCGCUCGAAGACAAGGUGGCUACGCUUAGCACUGAAGCUGACAGACUAGCCGGCAUCCAUCAAGCCGAGCACUCUCAGCAAAUUCAGUCCAAGAGAGCAGAGAUUCUACAGUCCUGGGAAUCGCUUACUGCUAAGGCAAAAGAACGCCGUUUCAAGCUCGACGAGUCUUACUACUUACAUCGCUUCCUUGCUGACUACCGCGACCUUGUUUCAUGGAUGAACAACAUGCGAGCAAUCAUCUCAGCUGAUGAGCUUGCAAAGGACGUGGCUGGAGCUGAGGCGCUUCUUGAACGUCACCAAGAGCACAAGGGCGAGAUCGAUGCUCGUGCCGACAGCUUUGAUUCAACCGGCCUCGCCGGAAGUAAGCUUCUCGAACGUCAACACUACGCUGCGUCGGAGGUAGCCAUCAAGCUCGAAUCUCUCGCUGCUGACAAGGCUUCGUUGCUUGAACUUUGGGAAAAGCGACGCAUUCUUUACGAGCAGUGCAUGGAUCUGCAGCUCUUUUACCGUGACACUGAACAAGCUGAUGCCUGGAUGGCCAAGCAGGAAGCUUUCCUCGCCAACGAGGAUCUUGGAGAUUCCCUUGACAGCGUCGAGGCUCUCAUCAAGAAGCACGAGGACUUUGACAAGUCCCUAGCUGCCCAGGAGGAAAAGAUCAAGGCGCUUGACGAGUUUGCCAGCAAGCUCAUCGAAGGCGAACAUUAUGCGGCCGAUGAAGUAGCCCAGCGCCGGCAGGCUCUUUUGCAACGUCGCUCAGCCCUCCUUGAAAAGUCGGCUUUGCGCCGUCGUGCCCUUGAGGACGCCUACAAGCUGCAGCAGUUCGAGCGUGACUGCGAUGAGACCAAAGGCUGGGUCAACGAGAAGCUUAAGUUCGCCACCGAUGACAGCUACCUCGACCCUACCAAUCUCAAUGGUAAGCUGCAGAAACACCAGAAUUUCGAGCAGGAGCUUCAAGCAAACAAAACGCGCAUGCAAGAAAUGGUCGCUCAGGGCCAGGAACUCAUCGAAGCCGAGCAUUACGCUCGCGAGCGCAUCCAGUCGCGCAUCAAGGAGAUCGUCGAGCUCUGGGAAAGUCUGACCGAAGCCACUGAGAAGAAGGGCAACAAGCUUCAGGAAGCUGCGCAACAACAGCAAUUCAACCGCACUGUCGAGGACGUCGAACUCUGGCUCUCAGAGGUCGAAGGUCAGCUCUUGUCCGAAGACUAUGGCAAGGACCUUACCAGCGUGCAGAACCUUCAGAAAAAGCACGCCCUGCUCGAGGCCGACGUCGCCUCCCAUCAAGAGCGUAUCGCCUCUAUUGCCCAGGCAGCCGAGCAGUUCGUCGCUGGAGGUCACUUUGACGCCGACAACAUCCGUCAGAAGCAGCAACAACUGCAGGGACGCUAUUCUGCUUUGGAGCAGCCUAUGCAGAUGCGCAAGCAGCGCUUGCUGGACUCGCUGCAGGUACAGCAGCUGUUCCGCGAUGUCGAAGACGAGGAGGCCUGGAUCCGCGAGAAGGAGCCUGUGGCAGCCAGCACCAACCGUGGUCGCGAUCUCAUUGGUGUGCAGAACCUGCAAAAGAAGCACCAGGCCGUCCUUGCUGAAAUCAACAAUCAUGAGCCCCGAGUUGCAGCCGUCUGCGCAGCUGGCUCACGCAUGUUGAGCGAUGGUCAUUUCGCAGCUGAAGAGAUCAGCCAGAGACUGGCUAGUCUCGAUGAACAUUGGGGACAGUUGAAGGAGAAGGCUCGCCAGCGUAAGAACGACCUUGAUGACUCGCUCCAGGCUCACCAAUACUUCGCCGAUGCCAAUGAAGCCGAGUCUUGGAUGAAGGAGAAGCGCCCCAUCGUCAUGAACGCCGAUUACGGCAAAGACGAGGAUAGUAGCGAGGCUCUGCUCAAGAAACACGAGGCUCUCGUGAGCGAUCUCGAAGCUUUUGCUAGCACCAUUGCAGCGCUCAAGGAACAGGCAGCCGCCUGCCGUCAGCAAGAGACACCUGCUGUCGACGUAGCUGGAAAGGAAUGCGUUGUCGCACUCUACGAUUACACCGAGAAGUCUCCUCGCGAGGUCUCUAUGAAGAAAGGAGACACCCUUACACUCCUCAACAGCAGCAACAAGGACUGGUGGAAGGUGGAGGUAAACGAUCGUCAGGGCUUCGUGCCAGCCGCCUAUGUCAAGCGCGUAGAACCGGACGCGGGUCUUAGUGCUUCUCAGCAGAAUCUGGCUCGCGAGCAGGGCUCCAUUGCCGCUCGCCAGGCCCAGAUUGAAGCCCAAUACGAAGACUUGCUGCGAUUGGCCAGAGAAAGACAAAACAAGCUUAAUGAAACCGCCAAGGCGUACGUGUUGGUUCGCGAGGCCGCUGAACUGGCCACCUGGAUCAAGGGCAAGGAGAACCAUGCUCAGGUACAGGAUGUAGGCGAGGAUUUGGAACAAGUCGAGGUUAUGCAGAAGAAGUUCGACGAUUUCCGAGCUGAUCUGAAGGCAAACGAGGUGCGUCUCGCAGAGAUGAACGAGAUCGCCGUGCAGCUGAUGAGCGUCGGCCAGACCGAGGCAGCUCUUAAGAUCCAGACGCAGAUCCAAGAGCUUAACGAAAAAUGGACGAGUCUGCAGACUCUAACAGCCGAGCGCGCCAGUCAGCUGGACUCUGCUCACGAAGUACAGCGCUUCCAUCGCGAUGUCGACGACACCAAAGACUGGAUUCGCGAGAAGGAUGCUGCCCUGAACAACGAUGACCUGGGCAAGGACUUGCGCAGCGUGCAAACUCUGCUCCGCAAGCACGAAGGUCUGGAGCGCGACCUCGCUGCCCUUGGGGACAAGAUUAAGCAGUUGGACGAAACAGCAAACCGCUUGAUGCAGUCGCAUCCUGAUACGGCCGAGCAAACCUACACCAAGCAGAAGGAGAUCAACGAGGAAUGGACUCAGCUUACUGCCAAAGCUGAUUCUAGAAAGAAGAAGCUGCUCGAUUCUUAUGACCUGCAACGCUAUCUCAGCGACUAUCGGGAUCUUAUGGCCUGGAUUAAUUCGAUGAUGGGUCUGGUAGCUUCCGAAGAAUUGGCUAACGACGUCACCGGUGCUGAGGCUCUGCUUGAACGUCACCAGAAUCACAGAACAGAAAUCGAUGCACGAUAUGGCAUUGUUCCACAGGAACAUCGCAUGGAAAUCGACGCCCGCGUUGGAACUUUCCAAGCUUUCGAGCUCUUCGGCCAGCAACUCUUGCAAUCCAACCACUAUGCUAGCGUUGAGAUACAAGAGAAACUCGAAUCUAUGAACGAGGCUCGUCAAGAACUUGAGAAGGCUUGGAUACAGCGCCGUAUGCAGUUGGACCAGAACCUCGAGCUGCAACUCUUCUGCCGCGAUUGCGAACAGGCCGAGAACUGGAUGUCCGCUCGUGAAGCUUUCCUUAGUAGCAGUAGCGCUGAUGCCCUCGACAGCGGUGACAAUGUAGAGGCCCUCAUCAAGAAGCACGAGGACUUCGACAAGGCUAUCAACGGUCACGAAGAGAAAAUAGCCGCUCUUCAAACUCUGGCUGAUCAGCUUAUUGCUGCUGAGCACUACGCUGCUCGACCUAUCGACGAACGUCGCUGCCAGGUACUCGAUCGCUGGCGUCACUUGAAAGAUGCUCUCAUUGAGAAACGAUCACGGCUUGGCGAGUCCCAAACUCUGCAGCAAUUCUCUCGCGAUGCUGAUGAGAUGGAGAAUUGGAUCGCUGAGAAGCUGCAGCUCGCCACUGAAGAGAACUACAAAGAUCCGGCUAAUAUACAGUCCAAACAUCAAAAACACCAAGCCUUUGAAGCUGAGCUUGCUGCAAAUGCCGAACGUAUCUCGUCGGUGCUGGCUAUGGGUGGUAACCUGAUCGAAAAGCAUCAGUGCGCUGGCUCUGAAGAUGCCGUGCAGAAGCGUCUUGCCUCUAUUGCCGAUCAGUGGGAGUACCUCACUCACAAAACAACCGAAAAAUCCAUGAAACUAAAGGAAGCCAAUAAGCAACGCACCUACAUCGCUGCAGUCAAGGAUUUAGACUUUUGGCUCGGUGAGGUCGAGAGUCUGCUGACAAGCGAAGAUGCUGGCAAGGAUCUCGCCUCAGUGCAGAACCUCAUGAAGAAGCAUCAACUGGUUGAGGCCGACAUCAACGCCCACGAGGAGCGUAUUAAAGACAUGAAUGCUCAGGCUGACUCCCUCAUCGAGAGCGGUCAAUUCGAGGCAGCGGGUAUCCAAGAAAAGCGUCAAAGCAUCAACGAACGCUAUGAACGCGUACGCAACCUCGCAGCUCACAGGCAGGCUAGACUCAAUGAGGCUAACACCUUGCAUCAGUUCUUCCGCGACAUCGCCGACGAGGAGUCCUGGAUCAAGGAGAAGAAGCUUCUCGUUGGUUCAGAUGACUACGGUCGUGACCUUACAGGCGUUCAGAAUUUAAAGAAAAAGCACAAGCGUCUCGAGGCUGAGCUUGGCAGCCACGAGCCCGCUAUCCAAGCCGUACAAGAAGCUGGUGAGAAACUCAUGGACGUCUCCAACCUAGGCGUACCAGAGAUCGAGCAACGACUCAAGCUUCUCGAACAGGCGUGGUCUGAAUUGAAACAACUAGCUGCCACGCGUGGUCAGAAGCUUGACGAGUCGCUGGCUUACCAGCAAUUUUUGGCAAAGGUUGAAGAGGAAGAAGCCUGGAUCGCCGAGAAACAGCAAUUGCUCUCACUCGAGGAUUACGGCGAUACAAUGGCUGCCGUGCAAGGUUUGCUCAAGAAGCACGACGCUUUCGAGACAGACUUUGCUGCCCACGGUGAACGUUGCCGUGAAAUCCGCGAAGCCGGUGAGGGACUCAUAGCUGCAGGUAACCAUCGUGCUGAGGCAAUCGAACAGCGCUGCCAGCAGCUAGGAGCCAAGCUUGAACAGCUUGGAGCUUUGGCUGCUAGACGCAAGACUCGCCUCAACGAUAACUCAGCUUACCUGCAGUUCAUGUGGAAGGCUGACGUAGUCGAGUCCUGGAUCGCUGACAAGGAAACACACGUACGAUCCGAAGAGUUUGGCCGUGAUUUGUCCAGUGUGCAGACUUUGCUCACCAAACAGGAGACCUUCGACGCUGGUCUGCACGCUUUCGAACACGAGGGUAUUCAGAACAUAACUUCUCUCAAGGAGAUGCUAAUCGAGGCCGGUCAUGAACAGAGCCCCGCGAUUCACAAACGUCACGCUGACGUUAUCGCUCGCUGGCAGAAGCUGCUUGCCGAUUCGCAAGCCCGUAAGCAGCGUCUCUUGCAGAUGCAGGAGCAAUUCCGUCAGAUAGAAGAGCUUUACCUGACUUUCGCCAAGAAGGCAUCGGCCUUCAACUCGUGGUUCGAAAACGCUGAGGAGGAUUUGACCGACCCUGUCCGCUGCAACAGCAUCGAAGAGAUCCGUGCUUUGCGCGAAGCUCAUGCGCAGUUCCAAGCUAGUCUGUCAUCGGCUGAGGCCGACUUCCAGGCUCUUGGAGCUCUUGACCGCCAAAUCAAGAACUUCAAUGUUGGCCCCAACCCUUACACCUGGUUCACCAUGGAAGCGCUCGAGGACACCUGGCGCAACUUGCAGAAGAUCAUCAAGGAGCGCGACGUCGAAUUAGCUAAGGAAGCUCAGCGUCAAGAGGAAAACGACAAGUUGCGAAAGGAGUUCGCCAAGCACGCCAAUGCCUUCCAUCAGUGGCUCGCGGACACCCGUACUUCUAUGAUGGAAGGAUCGGGCUCACUUGAACAACAGCUCGAAGCAACAAAGAGAAAGACACAAGAAGUCCGAGCGCGGCGUCAAGAUCUCAAAAAGAUCGAGGAUUUGGGCGCAAUACUGGAAGAACAUUUGAUUCUCGACAACAGGUACACAGAACACAGUACUGUAGGACUGGCCCAACAAUGGGACCAGCUCGACCAGUUGGGUAUGCGUAUGCAGCAUAACCUGGAACAACAGAUUCAAGCUCGUAACCAAUCUGGAGUGUCGGAAGGAGCCCUCAAGGAGUUCUCGAUGAUGUUCAAGCAUUACGACAAGGACAAGAGCGGACGACUAAAUCACCAAGAGUUCAAGUCGUGCCUCAGAGCUUUGGGUUACGAUCUACCUAUGGUGGAAGAAGGACAACCAGAUCCAGAAUUCGAAAAUAUUCUAGACAUUGUCGACCCGAACAGAGAUGGCUUUGUUUCCUUACAAGAUCACAUGGCAUUCAUGAUCAGCAAGGAAACUGAGAAUGUCCAAAGUUCACAAGAAAUCGAAAACGCCUUCCGAGCUAUUACAGCUGCCGAUCGUCCUUACGUCACGAAAGAGGAACUCUACGCUAACCUCACGAAAGAAAUGGCGGACUAUUGUGUGGCGAGGAUGAAACCAUACGUCGACCCGAAGACGGAACGACCGAUCACCGGCGCACUAGACUAUAUAGAAUUUACACACACGUUAUUCCAGAAUUAAUUUAUUUAGUUUUUCAGUUUUAAUCCGCUCUUAAAUCGUGGUAUUGGUGAAUUCAAAAGGCACUGCGCUUUGUACUGAAUUUAUACAUGUAAUAGGUUGUGCCUGUCACUUUCCUACCUUGGCUAUACAAAGAAACAGAAGUAAAUAAAAUUAAAAAUUAAGAAACAUACAAAUAAUAAGAUCCAGCAGCUAUUAGAUUAGAUAUAUUAUUUUGUGUCUUUUAUUAAAUUAAAUAUAUUAAUUCAUUCAAAGAAUGGAUCAAUUUUUAUCAUUAUUCUCGACAUGUCUUCAGACUAUAUAUAUAUAUAUUAUACGCUUCAAAUAUAUUGCCUUGUGCUUCUGUAGCAAAAAAUAAAUAUUAUAUAAAUACUGUUAAAAAUA